GCAGGGCCGGCGAGUUUUUCAACCUCAACUGCGCCUGCAGCUGCACCUCCGCUUUUCGCUCAGCUUGGCGGACGCUGACUCGAAGGGUGACGGUUGACGUUCCAAGAUCGUCAUGGCCUACCCGGGAUACGGAGGAGGGUUUGGAAAUUUUAGCAAUCAGAUGCAAAUGGGACAGCCAGUGCCAGGAACAGGGCCAGCUGUGCUCCCUGGUGGAUACCCUGCAUGCCCAGCUUAUCCGGACAGUUAUUCCUCAGCGGGAGACCCCAUGUGGACAUACUUCACUGCUGUUGCUGACCAGGAUGGUGAAGUGGAUGCUGAAGAACUUCAGAAAUGUUUAACACAGUCUGGAAUUAGUGGAACUUUUUCUCCCUUCAGUUUGGAAACCUGCAGAAUUAUGAUUGCCAUGUUGGAUAGAGAUUACACAGGAAAAAUGGGAUUUAAUGAAUUCAAAGAACUUUGGGCAGCCCUUAAUGCCUGGAAGCAAAAUUUCAUAACUGUUGAUAAAGACGGAAGUGGCGCAGUAGAACAUCAUGAAUUGAAUCAAGCCAUUGCUGCUAUGGGUUAUAGGUUGAGUCCUCAAACAUUAACUGCUAUCGUUAAACGUUAUAGCAAGAAUGGCAGAAUUUUCUUUGAUGAUUAUGUUGCUUGCUGUGUGAAGCUUCGAGCAUUGACAGAUUUCUUUAGGAGAAGAGACCACUUGCAACAAGGGGUUGUGAGUUUCAUAUAUGAUGAUUUUUUGCAGGGCACUAUGGCAAUUUGAAAGUCUAGAAUUUGAAGGCUGAAGAAAUACUGUGAAUUUCUGUGCUUGGAAGAAAUGAACUGA